UGAUUAAUGUUCAUCAACGUCCGUUGAUAUUAUUUCUUUCUUCCUGUUUUAUUGUGUCACAAAUUUACUAUUUCUUUUUUUUUUUUAUAAAACAGUGCGCCGUAGUUGCAAAGAAAGAAAAAGGAAAAGGUAAAAGAAGGUUAUUAAAUAUCCCUCGAAUGUAAAUAUGUCAUGUUUUUGAAGAUGCAAAUGAGUGAAAUAUAUGAUUUAUUUUUUUAGGAAACUUUUGAAAUUUUACUUGAUGUAAUGGAAAAGCACUUUGCAGCUUUAAAACUUUUAGAUGACGAACCUGAACAUAAAUUGACCAGAGCAGUCAGUUUUUCUGACCUGCAUUCUACAGCUAGUAGAAUACUCAUUGAACAAUGUUUACAAACUCCAGAUUCUUCUAAUUUAAUGAGGCAAUACAGUUGUGAGCACAUAGUUGAUAAAGCUAGUAAUAUCAGACAAUUAAAAAUAUCAGAAAGUUUAUACACAGAUAAUACUGAAUGUAGAAGAACCUGGGAAACUACUGUUCCUCAUACGAAUAAUCCGGAAAACAUCGAUUGGAAUUUAUAUAAACCUGUUAAUGAUUUACCUAAUACAAAAAAACUUCAAUGGGAUGAAGUAGAAAGCAUGGAAAUAGACAAAAUUGAUUUGUCGGAUCAUGAUAAUAAAAAUAUUGAUACUGUUAAUUUGAUUAGUCCUGUAGAAGUAAAAUCACCAGAAGAUAAAACUGAAGAAGUAAAAAAAUCAAACAGUAUCUCUGAGAAAGAAUCAUACGAAGAAAUAAAGAAAAAAUAUCGUUCUCUCGUAUCAUCAAUCAUGACAAAAGAUAAGAAUUCUGUGCACUAUUGCUAUAAAGUUGCAUUUUUUAUAUUAAUACCAAUAUUUGUAUUUUUGAUAGCUGCUUUCUUAAACCAAGAGGAAGAUGUAACAUAUACUUGCGAUCAUAAAUUACAUUUCUUCAAUGCUAGUAUUGAGUUACAACAAAAAGUUUAUGGUCAAAAUAAAGUUAUACCAUCUUUAAUUGAAUUUCUUGAAACAUACAAGGCCUGUACAAGGCUCGCAAUACUUGUAGGAAGUACUGGAGUUGGAAAAUCUUAUACUAUCGACAUUAUAAGAAGAAAUUUUCCAAAUCAAAAUAAAAUUUUACAAUAUACUCCACCUUUAAAUAAGGCUGAUAUAAAUGCGAUUUCAUCAUAUCGUUGUAAUUUGAUUGUUCUCGAAAAUUUAAGAGAGAAUGAUAUUUUAGACGUUGUAAAUCUUUCAACUAACAUAUUUAAAUUAAAAAAGACUUGUAUCACUAUAUUAGCAGUAAUUAACAUGGAGAAAGUGAGUCGUAAUUUAGAUCGUACGAUUGAAUUGGAUACAAAAAUUAAAGAGAUUACAGCUGCAUUUUCUAAAACAGACAAUAAUGCAUACAUAUUUGGAUAUAAGCCUUUAAGCGAAGAAGUUUUAGAAAAAUGUAUAAUGCAAGCAAUGAAAGAUAGUGAUCUAAAACUUAAUAAAGAUAAAAUACAGCAAGUGAAACAAAGUCUAUUGAUAUCUAAGAGCGGUUGUAAAGGUGCUUAUGCAAAGGUGCAGAUCAUUGGUAGAGAAUAGUAUUUAAAAAUAUAUCAACUUAUAACAUAUAUCUUUCCAACAACUAAAUAAAAAGACUGAUUAAAAAAUA